UGACGAAGGUGCCGGAAAUCGGAACUGUCGGAAAUCGGAAAUGGCUCAAACUUUGGAAACGGAAGUCGGAAAUCAGCAUAAAUUAUGGAAGUCGGAAUUCGAAUUCCGAUUCACCUCUGGUGCGCACGUAGGUCAAAAGCUAAAUAGAGAAAAAAAACUAAUAAAUCUGCUUUUUCCGAUUAGUGGUCAAUUAAAUAUCUGCAAUUGUGUAGCUGGCAGCUAGGACUUAUGGAUCCGGUCGAAAAAAGUCGGGAUAUCCAGAAAAGUUCAACCCAGAUAUCGGAUCCGGAUAUCCAGGAAUGCUCAUCCAAUCUAUGCCCAACUAAAUUUUAUAAACUGUGUUUGGUAUUAGGUUACUUUUU